UCGCAAUCAAAUUGGUGAUGAAGGUGCAUCAGGCUUAGGUUCUGGUUUAGCAAAUUGCAUUAAUCUCUCAAAUUUGACACUUAACCUUUCUCAUAAUUAAAUUGGUGAUAAAGGUGCAUCAGGCUUAGGUUCUGGUUUAGCAAAUUGCAUUAAUCUCUCAAAUUUGACACUUAACCUUUA